UCAUUGAGGUAACACUAACAUUCAGUGGAAAAUACAUCAGCAGACCUUUAAAUCCAACCAUUGCAUUAAGAAAAAAAAAAAAAAAACCGGCGUAUGGAUUACAGUAUUGUCUGGGUACAGCUUUGCAGUUUGACAGCUUUGCAGUGUCUAAUAAACACACAAAUCCAAGUCUGUUCGUCUGCUAAAGAAAGACUGUGCUGCCUGCUGUAACACUAACUUAAUACUCUGAUGGCUGGACGCUCAACUCUUGUUUCCAGGUUGCCGAUUUUCAGACGGAGCACGGGCAAAAAGCAAGACUCCUUGCCGUCCUCUCCCUCCUCUGGCAAUGCUAAUGGCGUUCACACUCCCUCCCCGUCCAGCACCAACUCCAGCUCCAGCAGCACGGGCAAGCACAGGAGUAUCUUUCGCACUGCUUCUAUUAACUUCCAUAGCAAGAAGCACAGUGAUCACAAACUGGACACUGUUGAACCUGUGGAUCUCAGCCUGUACAAUGGCAGCCAAGCUGCAGACUCCAGAUAUCAGAAGGUGGACCUAGAGGAGACUAUCAAAUCCAAGUCUAGGCAUUCGUUCGGCUUUGGAGGCCACCGGGGCAAAAAGAUCACCAGGUCUCAGACAGAAGACUUUGAGAAGGGGAAGGAGCAAUUGACUAACCGAAACGUGUUUACAAACUGCAUCAGUUCGGGGACCAACGAAGGGGAUGACUCUGGCUUUUUAGAUGAUUACAGCAAGCGUUCCGCCAAACACUUUAGUAAAAAGCUGCUGCCUAAGUCAUUUUCUUCACACUAUAAAUACUCCAAGCAGAGCCAGUCCACAUCUGUUGUGGAACAGCCCAGAGACAUAUUUAAAAGUGCAGGAAGGGAGCCUACCAAUGUAGGGACCCCUGGGUCCUGUCCCGGUGAGAUUGCUGAAUGUUCAUUGCAGUCCCCCAUGCUUUCAACUGACCACACUACGGCUCAUACACCCUCUGAAUUCAUCCCAAUAACUGAAGACUCAGUCUCGGAGGCGGAUGUGUUGCCCAAUUGUAGUCCUGCAGUGAGCCACAUUGAUAACUUUGGCCAUGAUGUUACUACCUCACAAGUUUUCCUAAACCCAGUUACAUCAAUAGGAGGAUCAAACUCUUUGCUGUGCAAAGAAAGUAGUCAUCAGGCAGAAACUAGUGCUGUGAAUACAGAGAGCGCAUUAACUAUUUUGAGAAAAGAUUCAACUAUACUUGAUAUAGAUGAGGAAUCCAUAGCUACAGACAGUGGAAAAGAGAUCAGUGGACAAGAAGAGAAAAUCCAAGUACAUGCACAAGUCCUAGAUAUCACCAACCCUGAAAGCGAUAACUCACAGAAGAUUCCUAUUGACCAAACUGAAAUGAGAGUGGGUAACAAGACUAGUGAUGCAAUAGUGAUUGAAAAAGCAUCACAAGUCAUUGUCAGCCUAAAACCAGACCUCAACAUGUGCCAUCCAAAGAAUACACAUGCAGUUGCACUUGCUUGCAGUCUGAGUCCAUGCCGGGAUGUCAUUCGCAUGGAGAGACGCUUGAGGUCCUCUUCAGAAAGCACUGCUGGAAGCGCCAGGCCACACUUGAAUUUACGAGAUGUGCAUACUGGAGAGAUCAGUAGCCUUCAGAAACAGAGAGCUAAUUCUUCAUCUUCCAAAUUGGAUAGCCUGGAUGUCUUAAACAACCUUGGCUCCUGUGAGCUGGAUGAAGAUGACCUCAUGUUGGACCUGGAUAUCCCAGAAGAUCAGCGACAUCACUUUGUUUGCAGAGAGGAUUCAAACCAGUCGAUUGCCUCAUGUUUGGCACUGAUGCACUCACCCAUGAAGACAUCUAUUGAUAAUAUUCCAGGAAGAGAACCAGAAGCCACAGACAGAACUCAUGGGGCUAUAUCUAUCCAGUCUCAAAAGGAGAUCAAUCUAGUGGACUUCAAACCCUCUUCCAGCUGCCUUCCUGGAGUUCCUCUCACUGACUGGUGUCUCCCAAGGGAAGAUGACAUUGGAGGUCUUGAAGCCUUGCCCUUUAGGUUGAUGAUGCAGGACUGCACUACAGUAAAGACACUUCUGCUGAGGCUGAAGAGGAUACUGCAGGAGCAACGUACAGAAAUGAGUCCUGCUAGCAGUGUCCAUUCCCUCCAUGUGAGCCCAGACCCUGAAAAGGCACCGCUGUCUGAGGACCUUUUCGAGAAAGACGGCCACUCCGUUCUGAAGUACCGAGACCUGGAGAGGGUCUGUCAUGAAAGUAUUCGUGAUUCCUCGAAAGGAGGUCCCAAGCGGAACAGGAGAGCUUAA